CCAUUUUUCUCUACUAGCACUCUCACUAUGCACAAGCCACCGCUCCACCACCUCCCUCUACUUCUCCUCCUCUCACUCAUCCUCAUUUCCACCGUCGCCGCCGCUCCUACAACAAUAACUCAACAAUUCAAGGAAGCACCACAAUUCUACAACUCCCCGGAGUGUCCUACCACUGGGGCUGAGGAGGAUGAAUCGGUGGGUGAGAAUUCAAUUUUUUUCUCGGAUCAGGCCGUCCAUGUGGCACUGACCCUCGACACUGCUUACAUCCGGGGUUCUAUGGCAGCAAUCCUCUCCGUCCUUCAACAUUCCGUUUGCCCCCAAAACGUCGCCUUCCAUUUCGUCGCCUCCGCUUCCGCCAACGCGUCCCUCCUGCGCUCCACCAUCUCCUCUUCCUUCCCUUAUCUGAAUUUCAGGGUUUACCCUUUUGAUGAUUCGGCCGUGUCGGGACUCAUCUCCACAUCUAUCCGUUCUGCUCUCGACUGUCCCCUGAACUACGCUCGUAGCUACUUAGCCAACCUGCUUCCCCAGUGCGUCCGCCGAGUGGUUUACCUAGACUCCGACCUGGUUCUCGUUGAUGACAUUGCGAAACUCGCUGCCACCCCACUCGGAGACACUGCGGUGCUGGCCGCACCGGAGUAUUGUAAUGCGAAUUUCACCGCGUAUUUUACCCCAACGUUCUGGUCUAACCCUUCCCUCUCUUUAACUUUUGCCGACAGGGAAGCUUGUUAUUUCAACACCGGCGUGAUGGUGAUCGAUCUUGACCGGUGGCGGGAGGGAGAUUACACGACGAAGAUUGAGGAAUGGAUGGAAUUGCAAAAAAGGAUGAGAAUUUACGAAUUGGGUUCUCUGCCUCCUUUCUUACUAGUUUUUGCCGGGGACAUAAUUCCGGUAGAUCACAGAUGGAAUCAACACGGCCUUGGGGGCGACAAUUUCAGGGGACUGUGCCGGAAUUUGCACUCAGGUCCAGUGAGUCUGUUACAUUGGAGUGGAAAAGGGAAACCAUGGGCUCGCCUGGAUGCGAACCGCCCCUGCCCAUUGGAUGCUCUAUGGGCUCCUUACGAUCUAUUGCAGACUCCAUUUGCAUUGGAUUCUUGAAGCAUACAAAAUUAAUUCAAGCCUUAAGUGUUCCGGGUAGUAUGGAAGUCUUUCCAGCGCGGUCAAUAACCGGAAGAAACGCGGCUGAGCAAUACAGAGUACCUAGAGAUGCUAUGGGGAGUAACGCUUGUGUUUCAAGUUUCAGGCGACAACGGCGGUGAUGGGCGGCUGGCCGGAGAAGGGAGAUCCUUUUGUUGACUUGAAGAUUAAUUACAGAGGAAUUAAUUAAUACAUUUCCCUUUUUAUUUUAAAGAAAUUAAAAAAAUAAUGUUCAAAAAGGAAAAGUGGUGUACAAAUAAGGAGAAUUCCAGAAGGAACCUCCGAACCUGUAUAAAAUCGCUUUAUUUCAUAUUUUCCAUUUUCUUCUUUAUUUUUCAAGAAAAAGAAAAAAAAGAAUUGAAGUAUAGUUAAUUGGGUAUUUAAUUGUAAUAUUCAUUGACAGAAUGUUCUGUUUAUUAAGAGAUAUAAAAGAGCCAACUGUUA